GCCGGUGUGAGCGCUGCUGUGGAGGGACGGAGAGCCGGUGUGUGAGCGCUGCUGUGGAGUGGGACGGAGAGCCGGUGUGUGAGCGCUGCUGUGGAGUGGGAAGGAGAGCCGGUGAGCCGGUGUGUGAGCGCUGAGGAGGAGUGGGAAGGAGAGCCGGUGAGCCGGUGUGUGAGCGCUGAGGAACGGGGAGAAAGGUGCGGAUAGAGAGAGAGAGAAAGAAAGAGAAAAAAGCGACGGAGCGGUGAAAAGAUGCGGCGGCGGCUGCAGAGCGCUGUGGAGUUGCGCGUGCGCUUGGUUCUGUUCUGGCUCGCGCUGGGCUCGGCGGUGGCGGCGCGCGGAUCACAGCACGGGAUUCCACUCGGAGUAGUUAAACUGUGGGCUUCAGCAUUCGGUGGUGAAAUCAAAUCCAUCGCCACUAAAUACUCCGGUUCACAACUACUGCAGAAGAAAUGUAAGGAGUACGAGCGCACAGUUCAGACAGAGGAAGCAGAUGGAGCCAAGCUGGUGCAGAGCAUCUCUGAGAAAAUGGCUGAAAUGUUCCGCAGCAAAUCUCAAGCCGCACAGAGGCUGGUGGAGGCGGCGGAGGAGGCGCAUUUACAGCACGAGGAGAAUCCCGAGCUGCAGUAUGAGUACUUCAACGCGGUCCUAAUAAACGAAGUGGAUGAGGAUGGGAACAGCGUGGAGCUGGGAGGGGAGUUCAUCUUGGAGCCAAACGAUCACUUUAACAACCUGUCAGUAAACCUCAGUCUGAGCGUAGUGCAGGUCCCUACCAACAUGUACAACAAAGAUCCUGAUAUAGUGAAUGGUGUGUAUUGGUCUGAGGCUCUGAAUAAAGUGUUUGUGGAUAAUUUCGAGAAGGACCCUUCACUCAUCUGGCAGUAUUUUGGAAGUGCUAAAGGAUUUUUCAGACAAUACCCUGGAGUGAAGUGGCAUCCUGAUGAGCACGGAGUCAUCUCAUUCGACUGCCGCAACAGAAAAUGGUACAUCCAGGCAGCUACGUCUCCGAAGGAUGUGGUGAUUCUAGUGGACGUUAGUGGAAGUAUGAAGGGUCUCCGACUUACCAUCGCCCGGCAGACUGUGUCCUCCAUCCUGGACACGCUGGGAGACGAUGACUUCUUCAACAUCAUUGCUUACAAUCAGGAGAUUCAUUAUGUGGAACCGUGUUUGAAUGGAACUCUGGUGCAGGCUGACAAAACCAAUAAAGAUCAUUUCCGAUCUCAUCUGGACCGACUGUUUGCGAAAGGUCUCGGGCUGCUGGGAGACGCUCUGACUGAAGCCUUCACCAUUCUCAGUGAGUUUAACCAAGCAGGCCGUGGGAGUGAGUGCAGCCAGGCCAUAAUGCUCGUGACGGACGGAGCCACUGAAAUGUAUGAUGACGUUUUUGAAAAGUACAACUGGCCCGAGCGGAAGGUGCGCAUUUUCCCCUAUCUGAUUGGACGAGAAUCAGCUUUUGCAGAUAACCUUAAAUGGAUGGCAUGCGCCAACAAAGGCUAUUUUAGUCAGAUCUCCACCCUGGCCGAUGUUCAGGAGAAUGUAAUAAGGUACCUUCAUGUCAUGAGUCGUCCAAAAGUCAUCGACCACAAGCACGACACGGUGUGGACUGAGGCCUACGUGGACCAAGCGCUCGCUCAGGCUCAUAAGCUUUCUGCACGCCACGGGCCAAAUCCCAUGACCACGGUGGCCAUGCCUGUGUUCAGCACAAAGAAUGAGACGAAAAAUCAGGGCAUUCUCCUGGGUGUAGUGGGAAUAGACAUUCCUAUUCAAGACCUGAUGAAAACUGUCCCGAAACACAAGCUGGGAAUUCACGGUUAUGCAUUUGCCGUCACCAAUAACGGCUACAUCCUCAUGCAUCCAGACCUCCGACAUCUGUACCAGAACGGUCAGAAGAGACGGAAGGCCCAGUACAGCAGUGUUGACCUGUCCGAGGUGGAGUGGGAAGACUCUGACAAUUAUCUCAGGAACGCCAUGGUGAACAGAAAAACCGGUACCUUCUCCAUGGAUGUGAAGAGGACGGUGGAUAAUGGGAAACGAGUUCUAUCAAUGCACAACGAUUAUUACUUCACCGACAUUGAAGGAACUCCAUACAGUAUUGGAGUGGCUUUGUCUCAAGGCCAUGGGAAGCAGUUCUUUAAGGGAAAUGUUUCACUGGAAGCGGGUCUGCGUGAUCUGGAUCAGCCGGGUGUGGCUCUGGCAAAUGAGUGGACGUACUGCAACACCGACGAGCAUCACGAGCACCGCUACCUCUCGCAGGUUCAGGCCAUCAAACUCUACCUGACUGGCCGCAAACCACAUCUCAAGUGUGACAGGGAGCUGAUCCAGCAGGUUCUGUUCGAUGCCGUGAUCACAGCCCCGCUCAAGACAUACUGGACUGGCCUUGCUCUCAACAAGUCAGAGAAUCCUGAUAAAGGAGUGGAGAUCGCUUUCCUCGGCACUCGCACUGGUCUCUCCAGAACCAACCUGUUUGUUGUCCCAGAGCAGCUGACCAAUCAGAAUCUGCUGAGGGGGGAGGAUAACGAGGGCGUCUUUAAUGCGGAUCACUUUCCCCUGUGGUAUAAGAGAGCGGCUGAGCAAGUACCCGGAACAUUUGUCUACUCCAUUCCUUUUAGUGCAGCACAGGAUAAUAAAAGUGUGGUAUUAGCCAGCACUGCUAUCCAGCUCCAGGAUGACAGGAAGUCUCCUAUAGUGGCCUCUGUUGGGAUUCAGAUGAAACUGGAAUUCUUUCAGAGGAAGUUUUGGACAGCGAGUCGACAGUGUAACGCCCUGGACGGGAAAUGCAGCAUCAGCUGUGACAAUGAGGAUAUUAAAUGCUACCUUAUUGACAACAACGGCAUCAUCCUGGUGUCUGAGGAUCAUUCUCAGACGAGGUUGUUCUUUGGAGAGGUGGAGGGGGCCGUCAUGAACAAACUGCUCCUGAUGGGGUCUUUUAAACGGAUUACUCUGUAUGAUUAUCAGGCUCUGUGUAAGGAGUAUGUAGGCAGCAGUGACAGUGCACGCACUUUACUGAAUCCAUUCUCUGCUGUGAAGUGGCUCAUCAGUGAAAUUAUCCUAUUCCUGCUAGAGUUUAACCUCUACAGCUGGUGGAGUUGGGACUCGAGUGCAAAAGCUGACAGGGUGCACAGGAGGGCGAUGAUGGUGCCAUGUGAUAUGGAGUAUCCGGUGUUUGUCUCUGAGCGCACCAUCAAAGAGACGGCUGGCAGCAUCGACUGUGACGGAUGUGUCAGGACGUUUGUGAUACAGCAGAUCCCCAGCAGUAACCUCUUCAUGGUCGUUGUAGAGAACAAGUGUGACUGUAGCUCUACCCCUCCAGUUUCCAUGGAGCCCGUCGAGAUUAUUUACAACGAGUCCCUGAAGUGUGAGAUGCUAAAAUUUCAGAAGGAUCGUAAACGUCCUGAUUCCUGUCACCCCUUCCAUUCUGAGGAAAACGCCAUGGAGUGUGGCUCAGCCGCGGGCCUUACUCCCACGCUAACUGCCGCUCUGAUUCCCCUCCUGAUCAUCCUUAUUUCCAGGUAACGCCUGAUGUGACCUUCAACCUUCCAGCCAUUCAAAAGGAUCAUCCUCGCUAACAGCUAAUGCUAAAUGGGGGGGUGAAAACUAAAACAACAGUUCAAAUGCAGCUUGCUGACAAACAAUAAAACUUAUUUUUAGGACUUAAGAAAAUUAAACCUGCUGACACUUUAAAGGUUCAGUGACCUUUAUAUGACCUUUGAGAAAAGUCUGGCUGUAAGGGGAGUGUUGGGGAAAAAGUGUCAUGACCCAUAUGCUAGGAGGGCCUUUCUAAGACUUCAUUCUAAUGAGUUCUUGAGAAAAAUCCAGUUGGUAUAUUGUGUGUGUGUGUGUGUGUGAAUAGACGUUGCUUUUAAUAAAUCCGAACUAGCCCUGUGCUGUGGCAGCCAUUUUGCUAGCUAGCAGCCUGCUGCCAAAUUAGCAGUUUAUAAGCAGCACAAGGACGCUAAACAUGGCUAACUUUCUGCUGUAUUACAUGACCCAUUUAUUUGAAUUUUAGAUUUAGGUGUAAACGGUUUCUAAGCAUUACAUAUAAUGUAUGCUGACGGUAAAGGACUCGCAGCUGAAGGAUGCCUUUUGUUUGCUCUGGUUUGGGAUAAGAAUAAUAAUAUGUACUUGUGAAUUUGUGAAAUAGCGCUUGGGACACGACCGUGUGGAGGUUUUGUUCUGAAUCUGAGCCAUGAUUCCCGGGUCAUGUGGGACACGAGCACGCUUAUAACGAAUCACUGCUUUUUGUAAAUUCUUUCCAAAUUUAAUUAUCCACUGUUUCUGGGCAACUGGAAAAAAAAAGUCGGAUUCAUUCCCAUUCGUCUGCCCGUGAAAAUAUUUUAUUUGAUUAAUUGAAAUAAACAUGCAUGAAGUGAGAAAACUGUAUGGGAUAUCCUACAGAACAAUGAUUUUUAAUUAUGAUGAAUUGCACAAGAAUGCCUGCGUUAAAUAAAAAACUAAAGAAAA